UUUGUGACCACUGCGAUAUGGCUGUGGUGCACAGCCUUCAGGUGGCGCACGCUCGCAUAAAACCUUCCUUUUGCAUCCGAUGUCGUCGAUUUCGCUCAUGAUAAGUAAAUUACUUCUUAGAAGCAACACUCCAGAUUUUUCGUUUCCUAACGGUUCAUACGCGCUGCAUUCGAAAUCAAAAGAUGGCGCUCGGCGGACGACAGAAGCGGACAUUUCUACCAUAUGAGACAGCUGUGCUGCCCGAAGAUCUCCGACUCGGCAGCUUAUAUCUGAACCCUUUGGAGCCAGUGAAUGGAUUAGCCCGCGACAGAUUCGAAUAUCGUCGAGAUUCCAGCCUCGUCGAACAAUCCGACUAUGAAACCCACAUCAGCAACUUCACCCGCAAAGCCAAGGCCGUCAAGGGCUAUUCACACGGGUUCCAGCGCUCCCACAUGAAUUCUGCCGGACUCAGCUUCACCAGCUUUCUGGGGCUAGGCUCCAAGCGCGAAAACUCAGUUCACAUUACACUCACUGGGACAUCCGGCCGGCGUGUCCAGAUUAGGGAUCCUGAAGUGUUUCUCGAAGAAGUACUCAAGCAACCUGGCGUGGAUGAAUGGUUACGUAUGCAUGCGACCCCGAAAUACAAGAGCAGGUAUUCAGCAAGUACGUGGACGGCUCCCGAGCUAUGGCUCGUCACUGGGCUCCAGUAUGUUACCGGAGGCGAGUACCACUUUGAAGACAACGCAGCGAAGGAGCUCCUUGCGCACGGUGGUCUGGAUGUUGGUGCUGCAGCUGGGGGACCUGCAGGCGUGGCAAAGCUGAAAGCAGAAGCACGUCACGAACGGGCGAACGGGGCACAAAACGGGGGGGUUCAGGAAGAUGAGUGUGUCUGGGCAGCGCAGUUCAUGCCUGUGAUGAUUGAAUUCGGCCCGCAGGCUCCGGACGCAAAGUUGACUAAGCGCGGCUGGUUUCCCAAGACGAUCAAGACCAUCUAUCUGGAAGAUGUGAAGGAUUUGGAGUUCCAAGGGGUGAGAGCCGGCGACAAGCCGGUCGGUGAGGAGACGCCAGAGCUUGUGGCGCGGAUCACGACUGCGGCAGAGGCCCGUGAUCAUGACGCGAGCGAGGAGAAAGACAGUGAAAGCGAGGGAAGUGAGGAAUUUGUCAUCGAUGAUGGACCCUAUGUGCAAUCACUUCAAAACGCAAAUUUUGAAAUGCACAACAAGUACACAAAUUACCUGGCGAAAAAGGCUGGCCAGAGGACACAACGUAUAGCAAACUAGACGGUGUGAAAGGGGCGGAUUUCAAGACAGCAUUUCGAAGGGUAAGAAACAGGCGGGCCAGUUAAUAUACGUCAAAUGCGAUUGUAGAGGCGGUAGGAUAGAGGCGGUUAAUCUAAGUUUUCGUCAGCGCUAUUAUAGAGUAUCUUGAAUAAUAUCUAAACAAGCUCGUAUUACAAUCC